CAAAUCUCGAACACCACGCAAUCCACUGGACACCUCAAUUUGGGAUGUCUGGAGUCAAGAGAAAGAGGGCAGACCUCCAGGAGACUGGUAUCCCUGCUAUCAUCAGGCCGAAACCCGGCACCAAGGCCUUUGCGUCGGGCAAAGGUGUCAAGGAUGGCCUUGACACUGGUUCACCGCAAGCUUUUGUGUCUUUCAGGCAACAGAUCGUGACUCCCCAUUCCACUCUUCCCCUCGCCAUCAUGCACCCUACGGUCAUCAUCUUGCAACAUUACUUGGAUGUGUCGCCGACUUGUGAUGAGAUCUUUAGAGCUUGGCAGAUUGGAGAUCAGACGAAAAGCGAACAGCAAGUCCACGCUGCUGUGGAACUCUUGUCUGAAAUCAUCCAAAUCUUGACGCCUAUACCCUUCUUCCGGUCGUCUGUUCUUGGUCUUGUCAACAAGAUCAUCUCACAGUCUGACCCUUACCAUGACUACAUCAACCACCUCAUCCUCUCGGCCAAGAAAGACGACGUCUACCACGGUCUCCUUCUCGCCUCAGCCGCCAUGACUGUCGACCCUCCCACCGUCCUUCCUUCUUCCUCCUCUUCCUCUGGUCGCAUUGGUAUGAAGCUCUGGAGCACUCUGGUGGAAGGCGGAUCUGUGAGAAACUUGGGCAAGCAGAUGGGCAUGAGGAGACGAAACAAGGAUGGCAUGGUCGCCUAUGGCGAGAAAGAUCCCCUCGACAAACCCGAUAUCCGACACCUCAUCCUCCGCUUGAUCUCUCCCCUCUUCUCCACUUCGGCAUUCCAGCCCCACGCCCGUUCCCUCUUGCCACCCCUCUACUCCAAUCUCGCCUCCGAUCCUCCCAUCACCAUCUUCCGCGUCCUCUCUUCCCUCUGGGCGGCCAUGACCUCCCAGUCUGGGGGUUUCAACAGGCGCGUGAGCUUGAUCUUGUUCCAGGAGAGGAGCAUCGAGGCUUUGUGGAAUCUGCUGGGAAAUGAGAACGUAGAAAAGACGUCGGGAAAGACGGUGGGAGAGUUGGUGUACUCCUUCUUGAUUGGUAUCACCGCGACCCCCGGGAAGGGUGUCUGCUUUGUCGAUGAGGGGUGGUACCCCCGUCGAGCCGAAGGAGACAAGAAAGAUGACGAGAGGAAAGAGUCGUCCAACGACGCCUGGCGAAAAGGUCUCCAUAACAGGAUCUUGGGCAACGUCGUCAGAAAAGUCGGCACACAAGUCGUCGAUGAAGACGGGAUUGUGGGAGACUGGAUGAUCAGAGUGUUUGAAGCGUGUCCCGAGUUGGUGUCGGGUUACUGGCCCCACUCUGCGCUCGCGCUCGACCCUCGACUGAACCCCAGGUGGACAGCUACCAUGGCCUACGUCGGGCGACUCAUCUCUCUGCCUUCUCCGCCCCUUCAGACCUUCCGGGUCCCAGCACCCGCAGGUACCGACCCGUCUUUGUCUCCUUUCCGACCCGAACCUCCCCAGAUCUCUACCGUCAUUGAAAGUAUCGUCCCCUCUCCCUUGACCCGAACGCACUUGAUGAAGGGUCUUCAACAUACCGAAGGCAUCGUCCAGUAUACCACUGCCGUCACCCUCUCCCGCGCCCUCUCCAAACUUUAUCAAGUGCUUCAGCUCUUCUCGACUAUCGAGACUGAGUUGUUCGGCGCCCACCCUUCUCCCGUCAAUGCUUGGGCAAGAGGUAAGAGAGAGCUGGAGAUGGAAGCGAGGAAACGAAUCCCAGAGCUUAGCGUGAUCAUUGCCUUUGCGCAAAAAUCUGCUACCAUGGCGCCUGCCGAGCCUGAAACCGACGAGGAGCUUGCUUUGGCUACGAAAUCCACCAUGCUCACCGAGUCUGCCCUCCGUAUCUUCUCCCUCUGCAACCGCGCCCUCCCCAGUAUGUCCUCCGAACUCAAAUUUGACGUCGGACGACUGCUCGUCUCGUCUUCCAGCACAAAGCAGGAAAAGAGGGAUGCGCGAGAGGCGAGAGAGGGAAGUGUGAUCAGUGACACUGGAAGUAUCAAGUCUGCUGGUACUGUCGGUACCGCCGGUAUGGGAGGAGGUUUCGGUACAGGACGAGGGGACGUGAGAGGUUUUGAAGCACUGAGUCAAGUCCACGUCUUGGAGCUCUUGGGCGAAGUGCGAGAUUGGAACUGGACAAACAAGGCCGCAGGCUCGCAGUUUACCUACCUCUACCACAUCCUCUUGCUCCAUCUCUCCACCCCUCAGCCCGUCACUCUGUCCAAGACGACAUCUCUCCUUUCGCACCUCCUCUUGCCCACACUAUUGUUUGAACACGACCCGUCAGAACUUUCCAUCUGGCUCUCUGCGAUGCCUCGAGGGUCUAGGGAGAACUACGGUCCCAUGCUUCUUGUCCAACAGAUCCAUCUCUUGUCCUUCCUCGACGACUGUUUCCGACGAUGUCUCAAAACGCCGUAUCGAUACAUCGAGGAAGCGUCCAAGUUGAUUGAAACAUCAGGCUGGCAGUCGGGCAAUAGAGAGAUGGUCAGCCCGCUUGUGAUGGCGAUAUUGGAGCAACUGUCAGCCAAGAUCAUGGGGCAGCUGAUUGCCACUGAAGCGGCUUGCAUCGUCGUCAACUACCUGCGCCGUGUGAUCCUCGGUCUCGCUGGAAAGCAGGGCAAUCUGUCCUUCUUGGACAGGGUAGUGGCCAGGUUGGAAGAGAUUGUCGAGAAGGCGAGGGAGGCGGGACAAGGGAGAAUCGGGUUGGCCGAGGUUGUACAAGUCAUCAGGAGGAACGUGGAUGUUACUCAAGGUAAGAAGGGCAGUGAAGUGCCGGGGGAUGUCCCUCGACUGAUGGACGAGCCCGCUUGGGCAUCAAAAUCUUUCGAAACCCAAAGCCUGGAAACCUUUUCUACAGAGACUCUUCUUCCUCUCAUCGCCACUUCCGACAAUGCGUCCGCCCAGAGGCACGCUACUUUUUUGCUUCAUCUCAACGUCUUUAGAAGCAGCAAAGGCAAUGUCCCAGCGGCUUUGGAAGUGUUUGUGAGGCUAUUUGAGAAAGUGGGAGGGAAGGAGGAGGUGGAUAUGAAGAAGGCAGUGUUUGGUGAUAAAGCUUUGCGAAAGUUGGUGUUGAGCGAUAAGGGCGAUGAGUAUAGGGCUGCUAUCAAGGCUUUGACCGAGCAUCUGAAGCUUGGCAAAUCUACCGACGAGGAGAUUGCACAGAGCUUUGUGGAAGAAUGCUUGGGCAUGUUGAAGGACGACAAGAAGGGCAAGAAAGCUCCCGAAAUCCUUAGCUUGCUCCGACCUUGGACUGCCUUCCUCUCUCCCUCACAGGCUAUUCAAGCUACCGAGACUGUGUUUGCCUUCAAGAAACCCCUCGCCCCUUCACCCUCUAUCACUCCCAUCCUGUCCGAUAUCAUCACCGGUACGCAAUCGCCCACGUUUGCCAUCAAGCAUCUGCAUGAGCUUGGCAAGCUCGGUGUCGUCAGUGCUGUGGAGAGACUAUUGAAGGGUGCCGAGAAGAGCAAGACCGGAUAUGCCGAGCUGCUUGGUCUUGAAAUCUCUUCCGAGACUGUGGAAUACCUCAUGUCUGAAAGCACAGAGGAAACGCUGUCGCUCCUCGCCGAGCUUGUCAAGACUGUUCCGUCUGCCGCCCAGGCAGUCCAGCCUGUCUUGAGUGGAGAGCUGAAAGACAAGAGGUUGUUGCUCGUCGUCGAGGCUCUGCUGGACUUGGAUCUGCAAGUCGAGGGUGUCGAGACAAUCGCGCAGUUGGCUUUGCAGAGUCUUGCUGGGGAAACCAAAUCAUUGGCUGCAUCCGCUACCCAAGUACUCGUACUUCUGUCCAGCACCAACAGCAACGAAAUCAACAACGCCAUUGGUCAAGUUGAGCUCUUCGCGUACACGUCGGCCAUCGCUAGCUUGACAAAGCAACUUGCGAUCGAGCUGGCAAGUACAGCAGAGCUAAAGCCGGCUGUGAGCCAUUUGAUCGGUUUGGGGUUGCAGUAUGCGGUCAGAGUGUGCUCCGAGCUGGGCGAAAUCCCUGCAGGUACCCUGACUGCCCUCGUGGAUAUCGCUGAUGCUGUCUCUGCGACGGAUCGAGAUUACUUUACUAUUCAACAAGCCCUCGUAGAGCCUGUCAUCACUGCUGUCGUCCAAGAUCGUCUGGAUGUUGAUGAGGCUGCGAACCUGGCGGUCGUGCUUGCAGGCCAUGUAGAGCUCAAGGCAAGUUUCAUUCGACAACAGCUGCAAGCCCUCUACAGCACCAAGGCGUACACUCGCAGCACCACUACUUCCUGCCCUCCUACUGUCCGACUCAACUUUGUCCGACUCCUCCACACCCUCUUCGCCGCCUCAACAUACACUUCAUGUCAACCUCCCUUCGUCGAACCUCUCGUUCUGCUCUAUCGAGGCACCAUGUCUGAAGCCGACAGGCGCAUCCUGCACAUGCUGCAGCUGUUCGAAGGCUACAGGAAGAUCUCUGUGGCAAGUGUCAUGAGAUUCUGGAGUGCUUCAGGUGUCUUGGGAAUCGGAGGCAAGUCUUUGGACGCAUUGACGAGUUUGGACCCUCAGAAGGUCUUUGCCACUUGCCAAGCGUAUCCUCUGCGACGGACGUUGAGGACGUGGGGCAAAAAGUCUCCAAAUGCGGAAGACGGUGAAGACAUCUACGAUCCUGUUUUCGUGAUGGCCCUCUUCGUGGCCUCAAUGUCGGAGAAGAUGCACGGUCUCGAUUGGGUAGAGGUGUUGAGAGGUAAUGCUAUUGGUUUGGUGACAUGCGGGCUUGCGUCUCGAGACAAGGAUGUCCGAAGUGUAUCAAGCUUUACUCUGGCCAAGGUCAUGAGCUUGAUCGAAAUCACGCCGUUCCUCGAGAGAACUCAACUCAUCUACACCAUGCGACUGCUCCGUCACGCGCUGCCCUCCCAAACUUCCCGUCUACCAACCCUCACCACACUAUUCUUCGCCUACGCCAUUCGAGCUAUUGCCAACCCUGCCCAUUUCCUCUAUCCUAUCACGACCCGAUUCCUUUUGCAAAGGUCCGUCUUUGAUAUUGAAGAUACUCCAAUGUUGUACGGGAUGCUCUAUGCCAGUGGCGAGUUCUGGAAGAGAGAGCGAGGAUGGAUGAUCAGAUUCUUGAAGGAGGGCAUAAGGAGUGAAGCUGACUGGAGAGUCAUCAGAAGGCGAAAGGUCUGGACGCUUCUGGCAACCAUGUUUGCAGAGUCGCUCGAUCCCGGAUUUAGACGCGGUGUCCUUCAGACAAUGUCCAACAUCGCCCUCAUCCCCGCUGCCACAUCAUCACUCGUCCUUCGAGAUGGUUUCCUCGUGUGGAUCAACAUGCAAUGGACGACCAUCACGUCACACUUUGCCUCUCUUCCUGCGUCUUCUAAAUCAGGCGCCAAGGGCCAGAGGGCUCAAGCGUGGGAAAAGGAAGAGAAAGACUUGCUGGUGCAAAUGGCCGAGGCGGCGAUCAAGGUCAUGAGCUCUGUCGAGAAACAGAGGUUGAAGGAGGAUGGGAAGAGCGUCCGAGGUUGGAUUCUGCAAGCCGAGGAGCUCGUGAAGAAUAUCAUCAAGGGCAAGUCAACUUUCAGUUCAUUGAAGGUACCUGCUGACUCGACUCGACUACAGACGCCGACUUUGAGCGACUUCAAUCCUUGUCAUCCAUCGCUUCUGAGAUCGCGCAGAUCCCCAAUAACGGAGUCACCACCAGACUCUUCCAUCUAUUGGUCAAGAGGCUGGAAUCUCUUGAUGGUCCAUCAACUGCAAUUCAAGUCAUCACCGCCAACCUCUUCGAGAUAGGUCUCACUUUCAGUGUACCCGACUCGAAGGACGAUGGAGGCUUGAGAGAGGCGUUGUCUUCUGUCAGUUGGCGCGUGGAACGCGGAGAUGGCGGAAGUCAACUGAGGGACUGGGUACGGAGAGAGAGGCGUCUGGAGGAGCUGUCGGUGUAAGGGCGGCUCGUAAUUCCGCAUUGGUGCAUAGAUCUUGAUACAAAGCAGUGCCUUCUUGGCUCCAUGUACUACUUACUGA